AUGAAUGAUCCCUCAAAAGUAGUAGAAAUAAAGAAAUUCUUAGGGAAUAAUAAUGUUAGUGUUGUUGCUUUAGUUGAGACUAAGGUUAAAUGUGCUAAUUCUGGGAAAGUUCAGAAAAAGUUUGGAAGUGGUUGGAGGUGGAUAAUGAAUUACACCAAUUCUCCAAGGGGGAGAAUCUGGGUUGGGUGGAAGCAUGAUGUUAUCACCUUUCAGCCCAUCUUCCAAUCAGACCAGUUGAUUCAUGGGUGUAUUUCAGCAAAAAAUGGGAAAUUCAGAACCACUUUUACUGCAGUGUAUGGCUUGCACUCUAUUGGAACAAGGAAAACAUUGUGGAAUGAUUUAACUCAAUUGAGUUCAGUUACAACAGGGGAGUGGAUUGUCAUGGGGGAUUUUAAUUCUGUUCUGUAUUCUGGUGAUAGAAUCAAUGGUAACCCUGUUACCCAUGCUGAAACUAGAGAUUUUGAAGGGUGCAUUGAUGCUACUGACCUAAAUGAGAUUAAAAGUCGUGGACACUUUUAUUCCUGGAGUAAUAAGGGGCAAGGUCAGACAAGGAUUUGUUCUAGAAUUGAUAGAGUUUUUGGCAACACUGACUGGCAUAGUACCUUUCUUGAUGCAGUAGUGGAUUACCUGAAUCCUGGGAUCUCAGAUCAUUCUCCUCUGUUGUUAAGCUGCAAUAUUAAUGUGAAGACUGGGGGUAGACCCUUUAAAUUCUUCAACUAUAUGGCUGAUCAUGAUGAGUUCAUGCAGGUUGUUCAGGAGAAAUGGAAUAUUAGUGUUAAUGGCACUCCUAUGUUUACUGUAUGGCAGAAAAUGAAAGCAAUUAAGGGAGGGUUGAAACAUCUCCACCAUAGAGACUUUUCCAGAUUAGAAGAGAGGAUUGAGCUUCUUAGAAAAGAGUUGGAUGGGAUUCAAACUCAGCUUGCUACCUCUUAUACUGAUCAGCAGCUUCAAGAUCAAGAGAAAGAAUGUAGUUUGAAGUUGAAAAAAUUUCUGAAAGUGCAAGAAAGUGCUUACAAGCAGAAAUCAAGAAUCCAGUGGUUGAAGGAGGAUGCUAUUAAGGAGGAGAUCAAAGGCUUUUAUGUGAAUCUUAUUGGUACUGCUGCCCCCCUGUUAACCUCCAUUGAUAUUGACCUAGUUAGAAAAGGAAAUCAACUUUCAGCUGCUGCUGCUGAGGACCUGAUUCAGCCUGUAACUAACAUGGAGAUUGAUGCUGCUUUAAAAGGGAUAGAUAAUAACAAAGCUCCUGGUAUUGAUGGGUUUAACAGCCUGUUCUUCAAAAAGACAUGGGGGAUUGUAAAGGAGGAUGUCUAUGAUGCUAUCAAGCAUUUUUUUCUUACUAGGACCAUGCUGCAGCAAGUAAACAACACUGUGGUGACUUUGGUGCCAAAAGUUCAGAAUGCUACUCAUGUGAAAGACUUUAGGCCAAUUGCAUGA